AUGGGAGCUGUCCACGUAGAGACUAUUGGGGAACAACACAUUUAUAGGAAGAAGAUCAAAGAUGUUGUGGUUACUGUUCCUGCUUACUUCAAUGAUGCCCAGAGGCAGGCUACAAAGGAUGCUGGCCUAUUGCACACGGUUCAGACAAGAAGAGUGGUUCUUGCUACAAAUGAAGACGCAAUUUAUGGCUCAAAUGCAGCAAACAAAGUUGAGGUGGCUGCUAAGGUGGCACUUGAAGAGAAGUAUGCUCCGGUGAACAAGGUCAUGGCAUAUAUGGCAGCUUUCCUAAGGUCAAAAGAUGCAAAUCCCGAUGUGAAAGAAAUGAGAGAAGUAGAGUCACUCUGUGAAGCUGCUGCUAUAAUGAAUAUUCAAGACAAAGAGGCUACCUGGUCUUGGAGCAAUCAGCUGCUGGAUGAUGAUGCUCUGAAGCAGCUGUUGAUUGAUGGCACCAUUGCUGGAUGUGCUCUGGAGGGUGCUGAAAUGCCAUCAGGAUCCUGA